UAAAUGGCAGCAUUCCAGAUUUGGAAACGUACCUUGGUAAUCUCCUAGUUUUCCUCUCACUUACGGAUCACAUAGAACUGAAACUGAGUAACUGUCCUGGAUUUAUUGAAGCUGUUUGGCCUUGUAUUGAUCUGUACGGCGCUUCUUUUAUAAAAUGCAGUUUUAAUGGAGUAGAAUUAAAUAUGACAGAGCAAGAUCUGAUUCUACAGAUGUCUUCACUAGAAAGUCUUCAGAUGACUUGUAAGCAUCCGCCAGAAUAUCUACUUUCACAUCUGGACAGAUUUAAGCAUUUAAAGGAGUUAGUAAUCAAUCUACAUAAUGAUAUGGACGUUGUCAGAUUCUUUCCAGAUACAUUUAAAGAACUCAGAGAUCUUGAAAAAUUAGUGUUGAAAAAUGUUAACCUGAGUAAAGAUUCUGCAAAAUUAGCCGCAUUUAUUGCAGCCUUCUCUAAUUUGAUAUGUUUUCAUCUUGAAUGUGAUCAUUGUCCUGAAUUUAUGAAAGUUUUUGAAGGACUGUCCCGUAAUGAAAACAUUCAGGAGAUUAAUCUACGAGGACGUUUUCUACACGACAGCUUAAUGGUUCAUUUGGCUUCUCUUUUACCAUUGUUUCUAAAUUUAAAAGUGUUCAAUAUUAAAGAUAUGUACUUUCAGAAUAUGGAGAAAGCAAACACUUUUGUUGUAGCGUUGCCAAAUCUUGCACGACUAGAAGAGAUCUACUUACCUGGCGGCUGUGGGAUACGCAUGAUACCACAAACUAUUAUUCAGCAGUUCCAGUACCUCAGAAAUCUCAGGAUUAUAUCAUUCCCCAGCAAUGUGUUAAAUGAUGGAUGCUUGCUACAGUUAGCACAUGCAGUGAGAGACGGACAUUUAAGCAACAUUGAGAAGCUAGAUCUUACUGCAAACCAUGACAUUACCCAGUCUGGAUGGAGAGACUUUUUCUAGUUGGUAGAUAAUUUGCCAAAGCUCAACAGUCUGUCAAUCAGCAGAGCGUAUGGCAGGGAAAUCAAAGCGGAUCCCUUAACUUUCAUUGCCUUAGUUCAGUGCGUGGCCAGACUUCCUAGUCUAAGGAACUUAUACAUGUAUUCAUGGCUCCUGGAUGAGAAAGACAUAGAAAUGUUUAAUGUCAUGAAAACAAAACAUCCCCAGGGACAGCGUUUUGAGCUCCAGUGGCAGUGGUUCCUACCAUUCCCUGCUAUUGUGAAGGACUAAAUUCUAUAAAAUAUUAGUAUAUGUCAUAUGUUUUCUAGCAGUGAUCCCCAACCAGUGGCUCUGGGGCAACAUGUUGCUCCCCAACCCCUUAAACGUUGCUCCCAGUGGCCUCAAAGUAUGUGCUUAUUGUUGAAUUCCUGGCUUAGAGGCAAGUUUUAGUUGCAUGAAAACCCAGUGUAAUGGCAAACAGAGCCCUCUGUAGGCUGCCAAAUAGCUAAUAAUAGCAUUUAAUUGAGACACCCCCAGGAACUCUUUUGCACACUUGUGUUGUUUCCGAACACUUUUUUUCAUUUAAACGUGGCUCACAAGGAUCAAGGUUUUAUAGCUAAGUACGAUCUAAGCAGUGGGCCGGAUUCAAUGAAAUUAAAGAAACUUCUCAUAAAAACCCAAUUAAGGCCUAUGGGAUUAUCAGUAAUUCACUUAUUUUAAUGGAAGGUUUUCUUAUAGUAUAUGCAAAUAUUAUCAAGUAUCUGAACGCCUAGAUAAUGCUAAUAAAAAUAUGAGUAAUAAAAUAUAUGUGUUUUUCUUGAUAUGGUGCUACUUAUGUGUGCAGAGCUGUACAGCAGGGCAAUAAAGGGGAUAGUAAAUACAAAUAAAUAUAAAGUGCAGUUGCAUUAAAGUGUAAGAAUGGGUGGGUAAUUAACCAAGACAAACAGGGGUUAAAAUAGGUGUUAUGAGAGUGCUCCAAAAGGUAAAAUCCACUGAACACUUUAUUAGGGCCUUCUUACUGAUAAUCCAGGAAAUAAAAUAUGCCUCUGAGACAAAAAGGCUGCACAUUUUAUAUACAUAUAUCUGCAUUCAUACCAGGGGAUAAGCAUUACUCUAAAAUGAGUGUGUUUUUUGGGUGAGGGGUGAUUUUAUGGCCUAGGCAAGGGUUGACUAAAUCAUGUUAAAGCUGUACUUGAUCUCUUUUUUUUUAAACCAUCUUUCUGUCAUGCAGAGCAUUCCAGGUUGGACAGGCAGCUGAAAUGUUAAAGAUGCUAGCAGCAGCAGUUAUGUAUCCAACUGAUAAAACAUACAUGAUUGUAGAAUAUACUAUAAUUCUUGAACUAACAAUAUAAUUAUAUUGACAUAACUUUGUUGUGAUUAUAUAUGUACAGUAUAAUAUGCUGAAUAAAUUGAUAAUUAAAUGACA